UUCCCUGGUAACAUUAAGAAACGAUAAUUGUUGUCUAUUAUUGGUAAGAAACCUGGUUUGUGAUGUAAUGUGUUGUAUGUACACGGUGUUUUGUCAGAAUAUUUUGAUUAGCAUUUUGCCCUUUGUGCCUUUAGACGCCUGGGCAGUGCUCCGGUUUGGUCACAUUUGGUUACAUUCACGGUGGAUAGUGCAUAGUGACACAUUUUUUAGAAACGUUUUGAUUGUGCUACAAUGGAAGUUGACGGUGUUGAAGAAAGCAAUGUUAAAAACCAUCCGGACGGUGCUAAGUUUGCGAAUUUAAAGGCUUUUGUGAAUGCUGCGCGUGAAUUUGAAGCCACUCAUAGUGAAUCUUCUAUUAAUUUGAUGACUCGAUACUUGGGGCUUAUGGCUUCAUCAUGUGAUCUGUCAAUAUUUUCGCCUGGUAGAAUCGAAGUAUGCGCAUUCUUUAGUUCAUUAUGGCGUGUUAUGCGCGAUGCAAGGGGACCUCACUGGGCUGGUGUAGCAGUUCUAACUCGGGCAUGUAUUGAGCCUAGUGCAAGGCAUGCUCUUACACACACAUAUAAAUUUAUACCAAUCUUAGCAAAAUUACUAUCUGACACAGUGUCAAAUGAUAAGAAAAUAAAACUACUUUCAGUGAUGCAGGACAUCUCAUAUGGAAUUAAAAUUAGCUGGCAAGAAUGUUAUCUCCCUAGACUAAUGAAGCAGUUGACUGAGUGGAUAACUCAACCAAUGGUAGAACCACAGCACAGGACAAUCGGUCACAAAUCACUUACGGUGCUAGUCAACGUGUGUUAUGGAAAUCUGCCAGCUAUCUAUGCUUUGAUGAGGACAGUUGAUACAAAGAACUUUGUUAAUCACCUGAUAAGUUUGAAGGAUGGGGGUUAUGGUGGUGUAGAAGUGUGCCGCUUGCUACUGUGCCUGUCUAAUGGCACACGAGGGUCGGCAAACACAAGGCAACCUGAUGUCACUCACAGUUACUUGUCCUGCACUAUGAAGACGUUCAACAAAGCUAUUGUUGAAAGGGAUGCAACACAGUUACUCCAUGCGUACACAUUCAUCAAUGACUUGUGUUCAGACAGUGAUGUCAAAAGUUUUGUACUUACGUAUCCUGAUUUUUCGGCAACUCUUCAAGAUUCUUUAAAGAAUAUUGACGAAUUAUGCAAGUUGGUCCCAGAUGACACGGGUGAGCCGGAAGCCAGUUGUUUACGUCACGUAUUGAAGUUCAUUAACGUCUUAGUUAAUUUGGAUCUAUACUCCCUGCGAAGCCAACACAGCCAGCUGGUCUGUCUGUGUAUGAAGGCGAGUCGGACUUGCUUGCCAGAGUCCUUGGAGCUCUUUGCAGCUAUUGUAUCACAAUAUAGAGAUGAGGGCACUCUUCCUCGAGAACUGAAUUCAGUUAUCAGUGAUGGGCUGCCAGCGCUGUUGGUACCUCCUGCCUUAGAACCAGGAAAAGCUGGAUUACAAUGGUUACAAGUAGUAGGAGCACUGUGUGAAUCGAGUGAGACCCAAGAGCGCGUGUUACAAGAAGUGACACCCGAUUCAUUUGAAGACACUUUGUAUGGUGUACUGCAGUAUACGUCACAGAAUGGUCCAGUGGGAACGGAGGCCGGCGCGCAGUGCGUGGUGGUCGCGUGUCGCGCCGGGCUGGCUCUAGCGCCUCUCUCGCGGCACUGGGAGGCUGCCUUCGCGAGGAUGCUGGCACAUCAUCAGGUUAGAAGAUUGCUAUGUGCGGGCCUCGCAAGUAAUAACGGGGCGCGACGGAAACAGAUCUUGCAAAUCAUCAAGCAUCACUACUUCCCAUCAGAUCAGAUGAAUCAGAUCUUUGGAGAGAGCCUCCACAAUAUAUCGGACGUGAGUGUGGAGAGCGUAUCGCCGCGAGUCGACACGGACAGCGAGAGCCUGUGGGCGACGGAGCGACUCACACCCAGUCAGGAGCUUGCCGUCAACGACCUCAUAGCCAGGCUGAACGACGCCUUGCAAGCUGGCAAGAUAAACGACAUAGCGACCUCAAGCGCAAUGGAACUAUACGGCUACAAGAUGACGUGCUUAGAACAGAGGCUCCAUUCGCAUGCUGUCACUUUACAAAGUGCAACAGAACACACCGCGUCCCUGCAGCACGCGCUGGCGUUGAUGCAAGCCACCAACACUUCGCAACAAGACGUGUUAUACACUACGCAGAUGCAAAAUGAGAAAUAUAAAAGGACAAUAGAAGAGUUACAUAAACAACUUGAAGAUGCGGGGAAAACGUUACAAAGUUUCCGUGCCAAACUAGCAGGCGAAAGGCUCGACAAAGAAAACCAGAAAGAAACCCUGCACAAAGAAUUCAGAUCCCAAAUCGCUAGUAUAGAGAGUGAGAUGAAAGCUCGCGAAAAGGAAAUGGAGGAACGGUGCAAACAAAUGGAACUGGACAACCGAGCAGUGCAGAAGAAGUUGGAACAACAGGCUAAUAAAAAUAGCGAGUUAGCGAGUGUCCUGAUAAAGUUCGAAGAGCGAGUCAAGCAUAAAGACAAGAAAUUGGAAGAGGCCGCGUCCGCUGAAGCCGCUUUGAGGCGGGAACUGGAGCAAAAGGACAAUAUGAUAAAACAAUUGGAGAAGACUGUAGUGGAGCGAGAAAACAGACUGUAUCAAGUAACGUCACAGAUGGAAGAGAUGAAACGCGUCCAGGAGAUGGUGGCCAAGCUCAUGAGCAAGAGCACGUCUACCACCGCCAGCUAGGGGCCAGAUUAUGACAUUUGAAGGGAAGCUGGUUGAAUCUCUCCGAUGCGAGCUUUUUAUGUUACUUUAAAUUGUUGACGAAAGUUACUAGGUACAAUAAUUUUGUCCGUAGAAUUUAAUUAAAUUUUAUAAACAAUACUGCAGGUAGAAAAAUAUCGAUGUGUUUACUCCAUGACAUCAGUAAAAAGCUGAAGACAUUGUGCUGUCAAUUCAUUGAUGAAAAUUAUACAUCAUUUAUUGGUAAAAUAUUAUGACUUCAAAUUGACAUUGUAAAAUGGCCAUUGUAUAUGGCUUAUUCAUUUAGGUUAGUCUAAUCAUAAUAUUACUUCGCUAAUUUUUUUCUCUUCAACAAAUGAAAUUCAUUUUUAAUUCUAUUUUGACUAUAUUAUAAAUGUAUUUUUUGCAUGAUUUCAUAUGAUUAAUAUGAGUUGAAUGAUCA